AAGAGUAGACAAAAGAUGGGGAGUGGGAAAGGAGGAGUUGGGCGGAUGAAGCUGGGAUCGCAGGGUCUUGAGGUGUCUGUUCAAGGGCUGGGAUGCAUGGGCAUGUCUGCCUUUUAUGGCCCACCCAAACCCGAGCCUGAUAUGAUCUCUCUCAUCCAUCACGCCGUCCGUAGUGGCGUUACCUUCCUCGACACCUCCGACAUAUACGGCCCUUUCACCAACGAACUCCUCCUCGGAAAGGCCCUUAAAGGGAUAAGGAAAGACGUUGAGCUGGCUACCAAGUUUGGGAUCAGUUUCAUUGAGGGGAAUAGGGUGAUACGUGGGGAUCCCGCUUAUGUCCGGGCCUCCUGCGAAGCUAGCUUGAAAAGACUUGAUGUUGAUUGCAUUGACCUUUAUUACCAGCACCGCAUCGACACUAGAAUUCCCAUCGAGAUUACGAUUGGGGAACUCAAGAAGCUAGUUGAAGAAGGAAAGAUAAAAUACAUAGGGCUAUCUGAGGCCUCUGCUUCGACGAUCCGGAGAGCACAUGCCAUUCACCCAAUAACUGCAGUACAGUUGGAGUGGUCCUUGUGGACAAGAGAUGUAGAGGAAGAAAUAGUUCCUACUUGUAGAGAGCUGGGCAUAGGGAUCGUUGCAUACAGCCCUCUGGGGAGGGGCUUCUUUUCAUCAGGGCCUAAAAUGAUUGAUAACUUGUCAGACGGGGACUUCCGAAAGAUUCUACCAAGAUUUCAAGCUGAGAAUGUGGAGCACAACGCCCAUAUAUUUGAGUGCGUAAAUGAAAUGGCGACGAAGAAGGGGUGCACACCUUCACAGCUGGCAUUGGCUUGGGUCCACCACCAAGGCAGCGAUGUAUGCCCAAUACCGGGCACCACCAAGAUUGAAAACUUCAACCAGAACAUCGGAGCUUUGUCUGUGAAGCUCACUCCAGAAGAGAUGUCUGAGCUUGAAUCCUUCGCUUCAGCAGAUGCAGUAAAGGGCGAUAGAUACGGAGGUACAGUAUCUACUUGGAAGGAGUCAGAGACUCCCGCUCUCUCUUCGUGGAAAGGUGAGUAAAUGAUCGCCGUCUCUGGCGCCUUUUCUGCUGUGGGUGUUUGACCUUUUGCUGUUUGAACCCUUAAUAGCUUGUCUCUAUGAAGGUUGUAUGAGGGGAUGAGCUACUGGAUGUUUGCUCUUCAUAUUAUCAUGUAUUAGUGGAGGAAAUGCCAAGUGCACUUGCAUAAUAAGGAGAUUGUGAUUUUUGUGGCAAA